UUUUUCAACUUCGCCGGUGUUGCUGGGACUCUUCCUGAACACACGAUUCUACGGAGUCUCCUGCGAGACUAGCCGCCGAGAUGAAUACCUCCCUUCCCUCAUGGAAGGAUCGCACGCAAAACCAGUUCGGCAAGCUCCAAAUUCAGGUACCAUGGCGGUCGAUUCAGCUUCUGGUUCCGCAUCGCAUGCGACGGAAGAUUCGCUCCAAGCUGCGCAGCAGGCUUUCUCCGACGUCCUCGAUAUCGUCUCUGCAGACUUCAUUUUCGCCCAUGGAUACGCUCCGAUCGCUUCAGAGCCAUCGUUGGACGCUCUAUGACUUCCAAUACCUGCUUCUGUUGAUUAUCGGGAUCUUUUCCCUCAGCGUGAUGGGAUCUCCCGGACCUCUGGCGAAGACGGCCAUGUUCACGAUGCUCCUCCUUUCUCUUCUACUCCCGAUCACCCGCCAAUUCUUCUUGCCGUUUCUUCCGAUUGCGGGAUGGCUUAUCUUCUUCUAUGCUUGCCAAUUCGUCCCCAGCGAUUGGCGCCCCGCCAUCUGGGUCCGCGUGCUUCCGGCCCUGGAAAACAUCCUCUACGGAGCCAAUAUCAGCAACAUUCUGUCUGCUCAUCAGAACGUUGUCUUGGACGUGCUGGCGUGGCUGCCCUACGGCAUCUGCCACUACGGCGCGCCAUUUGUCUGCUCCGGCAUCAUGUUCAUCUUCGGUCCUCCCGGCACGGUUCCUCUCUUCGCACGGACUUUCGGUUACAUCAGCAUGACUGCCGUCACCAUCCAGCUGUUUUUCCCCUGCUCCCCUCCGUGGUACGAGAACCUGUACGGCCUGGCACCGGCCGACUACUCCAUGCCGGGUAACCCUGCGGGCCUCGCUCGCAUUGACAAGCUCUUUGGCAUCGAUCUGUACACCUCGGGCUUCCGGCAGUCACCCGUCGUGUUCGGGGCCUUCCCUUCUCUUCACGCCGCGGAUUCGACGCUGGCCGCUUUGUUCAUGAGCCACGUCUUCCCCCGGUUGAAGCCUUUGUUCGUCACCUACACCCUUUGGAUGUGGUGGGCAACCAUGUACCUGUCGCACCACUAUGCAGUGGAUUUGGUCGGUGGUGGUCUCUUGGCGACCGUCGCCUUCUACUUCGCCAAGACCCGAUUCCUCCCCCGCGUGCAGAGCGACAAGACGUUCCGCUGGGACUACGACUAUGUGGAGAUUGGCGAUUCCUCGCGUGAAUAUGGCUACGACUUGGCCUACGAUGGCGACUUCAACCUCGACAGCGAUGAGUGGACGGUUGGAUCAUCCUCCUCCGUCUCUUCCGGCUCCUUGAGCCCGGUUGACGACCACUACACCUGGGAGGGCGAGUCCCUGGCUUCGCCCAUCGUCGAUGUCGAGUCCGGCAGACAUAUGAUCAGUUCCUGAACCGCCCACCUUGCACCGACUUCACUGCAUAUACAGCAUCCACUUCUUGCAUCUAUUUACGAACGGCGUUAGCACAUUUGACGACAUGCUGGGUUUAUUGCAUUGAGCAGAUUUCGACACAUAUAUCUUUAAUACUGCUUUUCUUCGCAGACCAGGUCGGAUGGUUUCGAUCUCCGUUUUGGAUUGGUCACCCUGGAUACUGCUUGUUUUACCUCUCCUCUUGACCUACUGUACAUCAUACCGCACUUAUCCGGGCUGCGUUG